AUGAGUUGUAUUGAUGAGAUAAUUGAGCUUGAAGAGAAUGACGAAAUUGCUGUAGAUACUAAUUCUAUAUCCAGUGCAAUUUCAAACUUGCCCCAAGAUGAGGAAUUAGAAUAUCCAGAUGGAGGAUGGAGAGCGUAUGGAGUUGUUCUAGGAUCUUUUCUUGGUUUGACAGUAAGUUUUGGACUCAUCAACUCAGUCGGUGCUAUUCAGGCCUAUAUUGCUUUACAUCAACUUGUCGAUGAAGCUACGUCUACAAUCUCUUGGAUUUUCUCCAUCUACUUGACAAUUGUGUUCGGCAUAGGCAUAUUGGUAGGACCAGUAUUUGAUACUAAUGGAGCACUUCCACUUUUGUUGUGUGGAAUGGUACUUCAAUUUAUAGGUCUAAUGGCUACAGCGGUCUGUAAAUCUGUUGUUGAGUUCAUAUUUGCCUUCUCUGUUUGUGUUGGUGUUGGAAAUGCUUUCUGCAUACCGCCAUUGAUUGGUUCAGUAAGCCACUGGUUUUUAAGCAAAAGAGGACAAGCUAUUGGAUUGGCUACUGUUGGAGGUUCAAUUGGAGGAGUUGUGAUUCCUUUGAUGUUACAUGUCCUUUACAGCAAUGUGGGCUUCGUAUGGGCUAUCAGAAUAUUGGCAUUUUUCUGCCUUGGUUGUCAGGCUCUCUCCCUUAUACUAGUUAAGGAAAGAGUCAGAAGAAAGUUGGUCUAUAUGGAUGAUAAUCAGAGAAAAUUUCAACAGAUAGUACAAGCUUGUAACAAUCUUGUGGAUGUGCUGUCUUUGUCGGAUAUGAAGUUCGCAUUUCUCACAGCUGGUGUAUUCUUCGAAGAUGUGACUUUGAUGUGUACUUCCACAUACUUGCCUACCUAUGCUAUUGCACAGGGAGCUAGUGAAUCUACCGCUUACAUCUUAGUGACAGUUUUCAAUGCUAGUGGGAUUGUUGGAAGGGUACUUCCUGCGUAUGUCGCUGACUUCAUUGGCUACUUCAAUGUGAAUGUAUUGAUGCUAAUGGGUAUGGUAUUAACUAUGCUUGUAUUAUGGUUUCCUUUUGGAUCGCAUAUAGGUAUUCUCUAUGCCUUCUCCAUCUUGUGUGGGUUCUUUGUUUCUUCUGUGUUAAGCCUUUCAACAGCAUGUCUAGGUGCAAUUACACCCGUUCACAACUUUGGACAAAGAUACGGAAUGUGUUUCUGUCUAGCUUCGUUAGGUUACUUGAUAGGUAUACCUGUUGGAGCAGCAAUAAUCGGCGAUGGUAGUACUCAUCGUUACGACAUUUUCGCAUUAUAUUGUAGUAUUUCGGCUGUUGCUUCGAUGUUUUGUUGGAUGGUGAGCAGAUACUACAUUGUGGGAUUUAAACUUAAUGUACGCAUAUAG